GCGAAUCGCUUGGUCCAUAUUCUACAUCUAACGAAGGAGUGCAUAACAGCAAUCAUUCACACGACCAUCGCUAAUCCCAAAACCACUGCGACCCACGUUCCUAAUCCCAAAACCACUGCGACCCCUUUAAUCAUGAUAUUCCUUCUCACCUAACUCAAAAAUUCUUCUAUUUUGUGUUUUGAUUUACAGGACACAGGAAGGGUAUGAGAAUCUCCUUCCCUUUCUUUUAGUUUUAAAACACUGUCAUUAUUUCCUCGUCUUCCCGCCGGAGCACGCACGCUAAGCUCUGCUCUCUUCAUAACAUGAACAAGGCUUAUCCUCUAAGCAUUGCAUUGGCCUUGGCCUUCACAUUAGUUUGCUGUGUCACACAAUCUCUGGGUUUAACCCAAAAUGACACCCACGCUCUCACCCAAUUCCGCUUCCAGGCUGAUGCCCAUGGCUAUCUUCUCGCCAACUGGACCGGCGCCGACGCCUGCGCUGCUUUCUGGCGCGGCAUUCAGUGUUCCCCUAAAGGCCAUGUCGUCGGCGUCUCGCUUCCUUCUCUUAAUCUCCGAGGCCCUGUUGAUUCUCUGUCUUCGUUAGGCUACUUGCGCCUCCUUGACCUCCAUGAUAAUCGCUUAAAUGGCAGCGUUGCGCCUCUCUCUAACUGCACGAGUCUUGAACUUCUUUAUCUCUCCGGGAAUGACUUCUCCGGCGGGAUACCGGCGGAGAUAGCGUCGCUCACGCGUCUACUCAGGCUUGACCUCUCUGACAACAACAUCCGAGGUCCCAUUCCUAAGGAACUGUCCAAAUUGACCGCGCUUCUCACGCUCAGGCUACAGAAUAAUGAGCUCUCUGGGAAAAUCCCUGAUUUUUCUGCCUCUCUGCUCAAACUCAAGGAGCUCAACAUGACCAACAACGAGUUUUAUGGAAGCUUACCUGAUGGAAUGUUGAAGAAAUUCGGCGACGUAAGUUUCUCUGGGAAUAAAGGCUUAUGUGGAUCAAGCCCAUUGCCGGUAUGUUCCGCCACAACAGAGAAUCUGCCAUCUUCUUCAGCAUCGGCUCCGACAGUUCCUUCUAAGCCAACCCCGUUUCCCCAAACAAGCGCAACUCCUCCUCCCAAAAACCAACCCCGAAAGGGGUUAAGCACCGGAGCUAUCGUAGCCAUUGUGGUGGCGAAUUGUGUGGCAUUGCUGGUAUUGACCUCUUUCAUCGUUGCCCAUUGCUGCGCCAGAGGACGAACCUCCGAUUCUGUGGUUGGCAGUGAGAUUGGGAAGAGGAAAAGCGGGAGUAGCUAUGGAAGCGAGAAGAAGGUUUACGCGAGUGGGUGUGUAGACAGUGAUGGAACUAGCGGGACAGACCAAAGCAGGCUUGUAUUCUUUGACAGAAGGAGUCAAUUCGAGCUGGAAGAUCUGCUCCGAGCAUCGGCGGAGAUGCUGGGAAAAGGAAGCUUGGGCACAGUGUACAAGGCAGUGCUCGACGAUGGGUGUACCGUGGCCGUGAAGAGACUCAAAGAUGCCAACCCAUGCUCUCGGAAGGAGUUCGAGCAGUACAUGGAUGUGAUUGGAAAGCUCAAGCACCCCAAUAUCGUGAGACUCAGAGCCUAUUACUAUGCCCGAGAAGAAAAGCUCCUCGUCUAUGAUUAUCUUCCCAACGGAAGCUUGCAUUCUCUUCUUCACGGGAACCGUGGUCCUGGAAGAAUCCCAUUGGAUUGGACGACAAGAAUAAGCUUGGUUUUAGGGGCAGCCAGAGGACUCGCUCGGAUUCAUGCUGAAUACAGUGCAGCAAAAAUACCUCACGGCAACAUCAAAUCUUCCAAUGUUGUACUCGACAGGAAUGGCGUUGCUUGCAUCUCUGACUUUGGCCUGUCUCUGCUUCUGAACCCUGUCCAUGCAAUCGCAAGAUUGGGUGGAUACAGAUCUCCCGAGCAAGAAGAAAGCAAGAAGCUGUCUCAGCAGGCAGACGUGUACAGCUUUGGCGUCUUGCUGUUGGAAGUUCUGACUGGGAAAACCCCGUCCCAGGAGCCUUCACCGACACGUCCUAGGUUGGUUGAAGAUGCACAAACCGUGGAUCUCCCCAAAUGGGUUCGAUCUGUAGUGAAGGAAGAAUGGACAGCGGAAGUGUUCGAUCAAGAACUGUUGAGGUACAAGAACAUUGAGGAAGAGCUCGUGUCCAUGCUACACGUGGGUUUGUCGUGUGUGGUGACGGAGGCAGAGAAGAGGCCAACCAUGGCGGAAGUUGUUAAGUUGAUUGAGGACAUCAGGGUGGAGCAAUCUCCUCUAGGCGAAGACUAUGAUGAGUCUCGCAAUUCGCUUUCACCUUCCCUUCCGACCACUGAAGAUGGACUAGCUUAAGACUGUUCACUGCCAGGUAUUUGAUGCAUUGUCUCAUUGCACUUUGGCUAGUUGUUAGCAAUAUCAUAUGUAUCAACAUGGUUAGCUAUUCAUAUUCUGUUAUUUCAUGUGUUUUUUUUGUGAAAUUUCCCAAGAUCUGUGAAACUUUCCUUGUUGCACCGAGGACGAAUCUGACGAUAUUGUGGUGGAGCUUAGAAUAAGCGUUGUAUUUGUGUCAGUGCUGGGCCGUGAGACGCAACGGUCUAGAAUUUUAAUUGCCCUAGAGCACCAAAUCUUGCGUUGAAUUGCGGUAACAAGAGCCAGUAAGAUUAAAUAUUUAUUUUUGAAAGCUAAUUAUGCGUUUAAUUUCU